UGACGUCAGAGCAGUAAGACGCUGGCUGGCCGAAAGUCGCGAAAGGCCAGUGCGCUUCUCGCAGAGUACUAGUGUUAGAGCGCAUGUCAUUCCCCACUUUUUAACUCAACAUUUGUGUUUUUAAUUCGCUCGGCGGCUCUUUCAUAUAGCCUGUGACAUUUCGAAGCCGUUUAACCUUGAAGUGAGUUUAUAUAAGUCGCCUUUUAACUCUCUGAGCCCUGAAUUGGUGGGUUGACCCUCGACAUGGAUAUUAGCUAGCUUAGCUAACUAGUCACCAAGAAACCGAAAUAACGGCGAGUCAGAGGCUUUGUGUCACAGUUUUAUCGGUUUUAAACAUAGUUUAUGUUCCUGGAGUCGAGCUCUCUGAGGCAAAUCUUCGCCUUGGGUGUUGCCGAAGAAGGACUGAAGUUCAGGAGAAGUAGCUAGUUGUUUAAGCAAAGGAAGAAAAGAGGUGGGAGAUGUUGACUAACGCCAACAGUCCGCCGAAGUUUCCAAACCAGCAACAGCAGCAACAACAGAAUCCAGCCCAAUUCGUGUUGGGAAAAGCCUCACUUCAGAUCAAGAAAAAUGCCAUAAUCGAUGACUACAAGGUCACUAGUCAAGUCCUGGGACUGGGCAUCAAUGGCAGGGUUCUGGAGAUCUUUCAGAAGAGGAGUGGGGAAAAGUAUGCUUUAAAGAUGCUUCAUGACUGUCCCAAAGCUAGACGAGAGGUGGAAAUGCACUGGCGGGCUUCCUCCUGUACCCACAUCGUCAGAAUUGUUGACGUCUAUGAAAAUCUCUACCAAAACAGGAAGUGCCUUCUUAUUGUAAUGGAGUGCAUGGAUGGAGGUGAGCUGUUCAGUCGGAUUCAGGACAGAGGGGACCAGGCAUUCACUGAGAGAGAGGCUUCUGAUAUCAUGAAGAGUAUAGGAGAGGCAAUUCAGUAUUUACAUGCGAUAAACAUCGCACACCGAGAUGUCAAGCCAGAGAACCUCUUAUAUACCUCUAAAAGGCCCAAUGCCCUUCUCAAACUGACAGACUUUGGAUUUGCAAAGGAGACUACCACACACAACUCUCUGGGGACCCCAUGCUAUACUCCUUAUUAUGUUGCCCCAGAGGUUCUUGGUCCAGAAAAGUAUGACAAGUCCUGUGACAUGUGGUCUUUGGGUGUCAUCAUGUAUAUUCUGCUCUGCGGUUACCCACCGUUCUAUUCCAACCAUGGAUUGGCUAUAUCCCCUGGUAUGAAGAAACGAAUUCGUAUGGGACAGUAUGAGUUUCCAAAUCCUGAGUGGUCUGAUGUCUCAGAGGAAGCUAAACAGCUUAUCAGAACAUUACUGAAAACUGAACCAACACAGAGGAUGACCAUCACAGAGUUCAUGAACCACCCCUGGAUCAAUCAAUCAAUGGAGGUACCGCAGACGCCCCUACACACAAGCCGUGUUCUGAAAGAAGAGAAAGACACAUGGGAGGAUGUCAAGGAGGAAAUGACUAGUGCCUUGGCAACAAUGAGAGUCGACUAUGAGCAAAUCAAAAUCAAGAGGAUUGAAGACUCGUCCAAUCCGCUGCUGAUGAAGAGGAGAAAGAAAGCCAACAAUAUGGCUCCUGAAAAUGAGACGCCUGCUUGCUAAGGGCACGUUCACUCUGUCGCACAUGCACACACACAUUUUACACUCGUAUAUUAGUUUGAUUUAAGGAAGCAAUAACUCAACAAAAAAAAUGAGUUUUUAUUAAAUAUUUCUUUUUAAUCACUCAACAUCUGUAACUAAUACAAAACCAAAAGAGAGGGGCUGUACAAUUAUGAUACAAGACAUUACAUUUUGGAGGUGUGAAGCAGUCGACAUCCACUGAUUUGCUCCUUAAAGUGUUCACGAGUACUGUUUUUCACAUGGUGUUUAUUGGGGUAAUCAGAAUCCUAAUUUACUUACCUUUCUUUUGCAUUUUAUUUUUCCUUUUUCUCUUUUUUUUUUUUUUUUUUUAAAUCAAAAGCCAUUGGUACAUGAGUUCAUGAGUUAUACACGCAUUUACCACUUUUUGUUUUAAUGUUCCAUUCUGAGUUAAGGGAUGGCCUGUAAAAUAAGUUGCCCUGUAAUAGGAUGAUUUUUCAGUUUCCUUGUUCUGCUCAUGUUCUGAGGAGCCUAUGCAUAAUGCUAGCUUUCCUGUUUGUUCUUCAUUACAUUUUUUUCAUUCAUUUCUGCACUUGAAUGCUCUUACAGUAAGACUAGUUCCAAGAGAUGCUGUCAGUACUGGUGUCCAGAUGGAAAUGUAUUUCUGAAAUGACUCUUUGAAUGUAGACACUCUGUUCUUUACUGUGAAAUUGUCUGUCAGUAUUGUUCAGGGUCCUGUCAAGUAAAAUAGAAGAUCUUUUUUUGAGCUUUAGAUCCAGUUAGCCUUAUUUUGGUCAUCAGAUUGAGAGGAAAAAUUCACAUUGCUCUGCUUUCACAUUGAUAUUUGAUCAAGCUUAUCAUGGAAAGCCAGUCCAGCACAUUUUUUUCAGCCCUCUGUUUAAUUCAUGCUCGGCAAUAUGCUUAUUGCACACUGCUUUGAUUUGCCUUGAAUUUAUUCUAUGCAUAUUUGUUUCCUGCUAGUUUAUCCUCAGCGAUUUGUAAAGAAUGUUAACCUGUACUCUGGCAUUUUAUUUCACAAAUACCUACUAAAAAAAUCAGUAGACAUAGUCUACUGGUUUUUAACCCACCAAAGCCCGUUUGUAUUUUUUUUUUUUUUUUGUAUAAUGAAUGAAUUAUGAAACGGGAUCUUUGUGAAGGUUAUUAAGAUGGUCGUUCUUUUGGCUAUUGAAUGAACACAUGAUAACCGUCGACUGUACUCUUCUUUAUGCCAGUGCAUUUUUUGUUUGUGUUGUCUAUUUUCCAUGUCUACCAUGCAGUAAGUGUUUGAAUGAAAGCAGCUUACAGGUAUCAGGUGUUUGAUAAAGGAACAAAGAAAUGCCCCCUUGUGUUCCGGAAAUGUUUAAGGGAAUCCUACGCAUCCAUCGGACUGAUUUUAGCUGCACCGAUUGAUGUAUUCUGAAAGGUUGUUUCUUGUUUUAUUUUUCUAUAGGUUUUUUUUUUUUUUUUUUAACUAUAAUUCAUAUUUGUCAUGUGAUUGAUCCUCUUUAAGAACAUGAUUUAAUGUUCACAAUGUUGAACAUGCAGAAUAUACUCUCAAACACCAGAUAUAUCCUAAACAAUGUUAGUGCCCCUCUUGCAAAUAAUGCAUCAUUUUAGCCGGUUCUUUGAAAGAUCUUUCCCAUCCCUCGUGCUGUCAAAGCAAAGUCCACAGUGUCAGGCAAGUUGAAAAACAGACUAGAAUUCCAGACAGAUAUAUGUCGUUUUUAGUAUCUAACUGCUGUAUGUAUGUCUUGGUCUGCUUCAACUUUGGAUUAAAACACCAAAAAACCCAA